GCUUUCAAGAUAGAGCAGAACAAGAGGAAGAGGCAGAAGAAUCUCUUUCAGAUUCUAGCCUCGAAUGAAGGUGGCAGAGCAAUCAUCUAUUCGCCAAGCAAGGUUCGGCAGGCUCGGGAGCUCCACCAAGAGAAAGAGGAUGCCAAGGCUCGUGAUAUAUCCUCCAAAGCGGAGGACAAGGUGCAGAAGCGGCUGGCUAAGGAAGAGAAGGAAAGAAUUGCUGAGUUGAACCGUACUAGGAAGGCUACUACCAAGAAAGAGAAGGACGAUGCUGCAGCCCUUAAGAAGCGCCAGCUUGAGGAGAUACGUAUAGCACGUGAGUUUGAGUUUGAGCUCCGA